AUGUCCCGUCAUCCUUCAUCAUCGGAUAUGAAGUCAGAAAAGUCACAUGAACUUAACGGCACGGCAAAGCCCACCACAGAUGUAUCACAAAGUGAGAAAACAAAAGAGAGAUAUCAGAUAUCAGCUGCUCCUCAUGAUUUCCCGGUAUAUAUGGAGCUUAGGGUUGGUGGUCGUUUUCGACUUGGUCGCAAAAUUGGCAGCGGUUCAUUUGGUGACAUCUAUUUGGGCCAAAAUAUCGUAACACAGGAGGAGGUAGCAAUCAAGUUGGAAUGCGUAAAAACUAAACAUCCACAGCUGCACAUCGAGGCUAGAUUAUAUAAACUAAUGAGUGGAGGAAUAGGUAUUCCACAGGUGAAGUGGUGUGGUUACGAAGGCGAAUACAAUGUUAUGGUAAUGGAGCUGUUGGGACCAUCUUUGGAAGAUUUAUUUAAUUUUUGCUCUCGAAAAUUCACUCUAAAAACCGUACUGCUUUUAGCUGACCAAAUGAUGGGGCGCCCUGAUAUUCAAAAGACAGAAUUCCGAAUUUUGAAACGAAUUAGUUUUCAGUUAUCCCGCAUUGAAUAUAUCCAUUCGAGAGAUUUUAUUCAUCGUGAUAUUAAACCUGACAAUUUUUUGAUGGGAUUAGGCAAGAAAGGCAAUUUAGUUUAUAUUAUUGAUUUUGGACUUGCGAAAAAAUAUCGCUGUAGUAGGACACACGCUCAUAUUCCGUAUCGAGAAAAUAAGAACCUUACUGGAACGGCACGAUAUGCAUCUGUUAACACUCAUCUUGGAAUAGAACAGAGUCGAAGGGAUGAUAUUGAAUCACUCGGGUAUGUACUUAUGUAUUUCAAUCGCGGCACCUUACCUUGGCAAGGUUUGAAAGCAGCAACAAAACGGCAGAAAUAUGAUAAGAUCUCGGAGAAGAAAAUGAGCACACCUGUCGAAGAGCUUUGUGCCGGAUAUCCAGAAGCAUUUGCUGCUUAUUUGAAGUAUUGCAAGUGUCUAGGCUUCGAAGAACAACCGGAUUAUUCUCACCUACGUCAACUUUUCCGAAAUCUAUUCCAUCGACAGGGUUUUACAUAUGAUUAUGUUUUCGAUUGGAAUUUGCUCAAAACGGCUAAACGUAUGCAGCCAUCGCAAGUGCAGCAGGUAGCGCAGCAAAGAAUGACCAUUGAACAGUAA